UAAUAUUUUUUGAUGAGAUUUAGUAAACCCACUUUUAAGUUCUAUGCAAUAUAUAUUGUAUACACCAAAUAAUAUAAUAAAAUUAAUAUAAAUUUUAAAUUUUAAAAAAUAACAAUUAAUGUCUAUACACUAAAAUCAAAUAUUUUUCUUAGAAUAAAUAUAUCUUAAAAUAAAAACUCUAAACAAGGAAAUUUUGCAAAUUAAUAUCUCUACAAAUUAAUAAAAUUUCAAAAUCUCAUUAUUAUUAAUUUAUAGAGAUUCUACUGUAUGUUAUAACUGAUAUAUGAUUCUCAAGUUCUUUAUACCUAAACAGAACGCCUUGUAAUAAAUAAUAAAAUAUUAUUUAAUCUAUAAAUACUACUUUAAUACUCUCCAACAAAUAUAAUAGCACAAGAAAGAAAGAAAAGACCAUGGCUUCGUCAAGAAAUCAAAAUUUUAUUUUUAUGCUAAUUUCAUUUCUGAUCAUUCUCGCAACUACGUCAUUUGCCUCUGCGCUCUUCUCAGCAAAACAUGUUGUGAUUGUCAACAAACUUGUAACGCGUGCGACAUUGAUUGUGCAUUGCAUGAACAAAGAAGAAGAUAAGGGAGUGAUUUCACUUGGACCUGGAGAUAGUUUUGAUUUCAGAUUUCGUGUUAACCUUCGUAAAACAACAGUAUACACAUGUAGCUUUGCUUGGCCUGGCAAUACAGCAACAUUCGAUAUUUUUAGAGCUGAUAGAGAUGAUAAUCCAGAAAGCAAAGUUGGUGUUUGCAGCGAAUGUAUUUGGAGCAUCUACGAGCCAGCACCAUGUAGGGAUAGACGUGAUGGAGGCCAACCUAAUUGUUUUCCAUGGGCUUCUUAAAUUAGUUAUUAUUAUUUUGAGGUUAUUUGUACGACAAUUUUAAAUGAAUAAAUAAAAAUAUAGUGUUUUUGAUAUUAUUUUGCAUAUUUUAUCACUCUUUCUUGUGCAUUUACCCCAACUAGAAAUUAUUAUAUUUUACUACCAUGUCAUUCUAGGUAGAACAUGAAUCAUUCAAAUCGCAAAGACCCUCUCAGAAAAUGCAAAGUAUCCAUCCCGAUAUUAAAAAUUAGAUUUGAAAAUAGGAUAUAUAAUCAGUUAGAUGCAAAAAUAUGAUUUAAUGUUUGUAUAUUCAAUAUUGACAGUGCAAGCAAAUUAAUUGUU